GGCGCGGUUAGAAUCUCUUGUAUAAAAACGCAGAGAGGCGACCUUCGGCCACUCAAUUGAUGAAAGUUUAUCCGUUUGUAGCCACCGGCUUGUGCGUGUCUCUAGUGACUUGUAGUUUAACUUCAUGUGCCGCUGCCGCAAACGCGGGUACGCUUAAAGUUCGGCAACAAGUGCUUUAAUAGAAUUAGAAUUAAACACAUUGCUGUAAUAUAACGCCACAUCAAAAAUGAUUCUAUUAACGCUAUUUUUAAUUGGAGUUAGUGUGUUGCUAUAUUUGUACGAAAAGACUGUAAAACCGAAGAACUUCCCACCAGGCCCCAAAUGGCAUCCAAUUACAGGCAGUACGCCAACAGUAAAAGAAUUUGCCAAACAGUUUGGUGGCACACACAAAGCAUUCCUGAAAUUAUCGGAAAUCUACGAUUCGAAUGUAAUCGGUUUAAAAUUUGGGAAUGAGGCAACAGUGUGCGUGUCCGGCGAGUCACUUCUAAAAGAAGUUUUAAUGCAGGAUGAAUAUCAGGCUAGACCUAUCAACUUUUUCUCCAAUUUAAGAUCAUUUGGUACCAAUAAAGGUAUUACUUUUACAAAUGGCGAACACUGGAAAACACAACGCCGGUUUUUCAUACGGCACUUGAGAGAACUCGGUUUCGGUAAACAAAAGAUGGACUUUAUGAUCACCGACGAAGUCAACAAGAUUAUCAACUUUAUGGGCCAAAACGAUUUGCAUGAAAUCAAGACGAUCAUCGGUACGUCUGUAUUGAGCAUUUUAUGGACUCUGGUUGCCGGCGAACGCUUAGAAUACAGUAAUGAACGUUUGCAAAAUUUGCUCACACUGAUGAACAGGCGGUCCAAAGUAUUUGAGAUGGCCGGGACCUGGCUGAAUUUGUUUCCAUGGAUUCGAUUCAUAGCACCCAAGGCAUCAGGAUACGAAUUGAUCAUGAAUAUCAAUAACGAAAUGAAAGAACUAUUUAAGUCUGUGAUUAAAGAGCAUAGUGAUACUUGGUAUCCAGAUAGAAAAGAUGAUGUUAUUUACGCCUUUCUGACCGAAAUGCAUCAAUCUUCUGAUGAAACUUUUACUGAGGAUCAGCUUUUGAUGUUGUGUGUAGAUGUCUUUUUCGGGGGUGCCACAACAACAAGUAACACAUUGGAUUUUGCGUUAAUGUGCAUGAUUCUAUACCCAGAUAUUCAAAAGAAGGUACAUGAAUCUAUUGAUGCAGCAUAUACCAAUUGCACUUUGCCACACUAUAAGGACAGACAUUUAAUUCCGUAUGUGGAGGCUGUCAUCUGUGAGGUUCAACGUUAUUAUAAUGUUUCACCAAUAACUGGUCCGAGAAUUACGCUCGCAAAUACAAAAUUAGAAUCCUACGACAUACCAAAGGGAACCACAGUGCUAAUAAACAACUACGCAGUAGAUCACGAUCCAAAACUAUGGGAAAAUCCAGAUGUUUUCCAACCGGAAAGAUUUCUGGAUCAGAAUGGCAACGUAACAAUUCCUCAACACUUUAAUCCAUUCAAUAUUGGAAAAAGAAAAUGCUUAGCAGAUGCACUAGCACGUAGCUGCAUCUUCACCUUCUUUGCUGGAAUUAUGAAAACUUAUACCCUGUCACUGGCGGAUAAAUCGAAGCCACUCACUGGUAUACCACUUCCGGGGAUAACCAUCUCACCUGAACCGUACAUACCAUGCUUCACUCACAGAUGUAGCAAGAACUAAUUACUAAGUAUACUUAUAAACCUGUUGCUUGAAGAAAUACAUAAAAUUUAAUGUUUUUGUUAAUAAUCCUUAUUACUAUUUAUCGAUUUGAUUUAUUAAACAUUUGUAUGAUA